AUGCCCGCCAUUACACCUACCCAGCUCUCGGCACUGCAGAAGAACGUCAAGAACAUUCGCAACAUUUGUAUAUUGGCUCAUGUCGAUCAUGGCAAGACCACGCUUUCCGAUUCGCUGCUUGCAACCAAUGGCAUUAUAUCCUCCAAAAUGGCGGGCAAGGUGCGAUAUUUGGAUUCCCGAGAAGACGAACAAGAGCGUGGCAUCACAAUGGAAUCAAGCGCGAUCAGUCUCUAUUUCAAACUAGUACGAGCUGUGCAGCAGCCUGAUGGCAGCGACAAGGCGAUCGCAAGCGAAUACCUAAUCAACUUGAUUGAUUCACCUGGUCACGUGGAUUUCUCGUCUGAAGUAUCAACAGCAUCUCGUCUUUGUGAUGGAGGCCUUGUGCUUGUGGAUGUCGUCGAAGGUGUAUGCACGCAGACCAUUUCAGUACUACGACAAGCUUGGAUCGACAAGGUGCGCCCUAUUCUCGUGUUCAACAAGAUGGAUCGUCUCAUUGUGGAACUCAAGCUCACACCACUCGAAGCAUACAAUCAUCUCAAUCGCAUUCUCGAGCAAGUCAACGCUAUCAUGGCAACAUUUUAUACGGGAGAUGUCAUGGAGGAUGAAGCACGCAAGCUCGAAGCCGAGAAUAAUCAGGAACAGGAUGGCAUUGAUUGGGAACGUGAUGAUUCGGAUAUCUACUUUGAUCCUACAAGAGGCAAUGUCAUCUUUGCUAGUGCUGUGGAUGGUUGGGCUUUUCGUAUCCAGCAAUUUGCCAGCAUUUACUUUAAGAAGCUUGGUUUCAAGGAAUCCGUAUUGCAGAAAUGUCUUUGGGGCGACUUCUACUUUGAUCCAAAGGCCAAGCGAGUCAUCCAGCAUAAACAUCUCAAGGGUCGAAGUCUCAAGCCAAUGUUUGUGCAAUUCGUUCUUGACAACAUUUGGGCUGUGUAUGAUAGCGUGACAACACAGAAUCGUGAAAGAACUGAAAAGAUCGUGUCAUCUCUCAACAUCAAGGUGCUACCUCGCGAUUUACGUUCACGUGAUACGCAAACGCUCUUGGCAGCUAUCUUUUCUCAAUGGCUUCCUCUAUCGACUUGCGUAUUAUUAGCCAUCAUUGGUCAAUUGCCACCCCCUGUGGAUGCUCAACGUGUUCGCAUACCAAAGAUGUUAUAUCCCGAGAUUCAAUUCAACGACAAUGAGCCACCCAAACCCACCGACAAUGUUGAAGAGGCGUUGUAUUCAUGUGAUACAUCCGAUGAUGCACCUGCUGUCGCCUAUGUCAGUAAGAUGUUUGCCGUCCCAUCCGAGCUUUUACCAGAGAACAGAAGAAAGCAAUUGACUGCUGAAGAAAUGCGUGAACGUGGCCGACGACAGAGAGAGUUGCGUGCUCAAUUGGAGGAAAAGAAUCUUGAUGCCGGUGUUCCUCUCGAUAAGGCAGCAAUUGAAGCAUCUGUUGCAGAAAUGAUGGGUGAAACGGACGAAGCAUUGGAUACAGCAACAUCCAACGGUGAUACAAAGAGUGAGCAUAUCAUCGGCUUUGCUCGUCUUUACUCUGGCAAGAUUCGUGUUGGUCAAAAGCUCUACGUGUUGGGACCCAAGUAUGAUCCUCGCUUCCCUGAUAGACACUGCUCCGAAAUCACUGUCCAGAACUUGUACUUGAUCAUGGGUCGUGAACUUGAAGCGCUUCCAGAGGUGGUAGCAGGCAACGUCUUUGGUAUUGGUGGUCUUGAAGGUCACAUUCUCAAGAAUGGCACAUUGGCAAGCACCAAGGAAAAUGUGGUCAACAUGGUGGGUGUUGGCAAAGAAGCAUCGCCCAUUGUUCGUGUCGCUUUGGAGCCUGUUGAUGCACGUGAUAUGGAUAAGCUUGUGGAAGGCUUGCAAUUGCUUAAUCAGGCCGAUCCUUGUGUCGAGGUGUUGUUGCAAGAAACGGGCGAGCAUGUGAUCUUGACAGCAGGCGAAUUACAUUUGGAACGAUGUUUGCGUGAUCUCAAGGAGCGGUUUGCCAAGAUUGAUAUCCAUGUAUCACCUCCUAUUGUACCAUUCCGCGAGAGCAUUGUGAAUUCAGAGCUACCAGCCAACCGUGAAACUGACCAUGGAGCCGUACCACGUGGCCUAUUUGAGAUCGAAUCAUCAUCCAAGAACAUCACUCUCAAUGUUCGUGCGGUGCCCUUACCAGCUUCAGUGACCGAGUAUCUUGUACAGCACACCGCCACCAUCAAAUCCAUUGUUGAUCAAAAGGCCAAAAAGAAGUCGAAGCAUACCGAAGAAAGUGAGGAAGGAUUGGAGCAGAUACCCACUGGAAUGGAAGCUGGUGACAAGAUUGUGUCGGCUGAAGAGUUCCAAACGACGUUGCGUGAAAAGUUUGCGGAGGCACAAAAGCAAGGUGGUCCUCUAGCAGGUUUAUGGGACGGCAUUGUGGAUCAGAUUUGGUCUUUUGGUCCCAAGCGUAUUGGUCCCAAUAUACUCGUAAAUCGCAUUCCGGGUUAUGUACGAAAGCCAUUCUUUCAAGUGGAAGAAUCCACAGCUCAACAAGGCGUGACAGAGGAUCACAAAGAUGAAGUAUUGGAAGUGGCAGCUGAACAGCAGAAUGAUAGCACGUCACUGGGUAUUUUGGACGUUGAUUUCCCCAUCCACACCGGCUUCCAGCUUUCAACAUUGACAGGUCCAUUAUGUGCUGAGCCUGUGCAAGGUGUUUGCUAUAUUGUACAAGGGGUUGAUUUCCAUCGAGAGGAAACCGAAGGCGCUGAUGUGCGUUCACGAUUGGCGUUGAUCCAAGGAAAGGUUAUUUCAGCAAUGAAAGAAGCAUGUCGACAAGGCUUUCUCGAUUGGUCUCCACGAUUAUUCUUGGCCAUGUAUGAAUGUGAUAUUCAAGCAUCUGCUGAAGUACUUGGUCGUGUCUAUGGAGUUAUUUCCAAACGUAAAGGCAAGAUCAUCUCUGAGGAUCUCAAGGAUGGUACACCCUUCUGGCAAAUCAAAGCAUUGAUGCCUGUUAUUGAGAGUUUUGGAUUUUCGGAUGAAAUCCGCAAGCGUACAUCUGGUGCUGCCAGUCCACAAUUGGUCUUCAGCGGAUUUGAAAUGUUGGAUGAGGAUCCCUUCUGGGUGCCCACCACUGAAGAAGAGCUCGAGGAUUUGGGAGAGAAGGCUGACAAGGAGAACCUUGCCAAAAAGUACAUGGACACGGUGCGUAAGCGCAAGGGCAUGUUUGUUGAGAAAAAGCUAGUGGAACACGCCGAGAAACAGCGUACAUUGAAAAAGUAG